GGAGCUGGAUGCCCUCUCCAAGUUUGGAUUGCAGAAGUAAUCUGUCUCACACCACACAUUCCACUUGGAUCUAAUCUUGCUAUGUGUCCAGAUCUGUUUCAGGAGGAAGUCUUGCUUUUCACUAGCUAACAAGUCUCAAACCUUGUGAUCUAACCUCACUCCCCAAGCCUUGUUUUCCCCCCUCAGCUGUUUUCUCCUCUCCCUGUGAUCUCUCUGGACCAGCUGCUGUUACAGGAGCCCUGAUGUCUUCAUUUGACUCCCCGCAGUUGUUGAUGGUGUGUGUUUCUCAGAUUCCUGAGAAGGAUUUUAGCAUCCAGACCUGCAUUGUGCAUAAUUUCUGCAGCUUCUUCUGCUGAUCUUGGAAGGAAGAGAGAUUUAGCAGCUUAUUGCCUUACCAAGCUGUCUCCUGCCCUCUGGUAAAUAGGAGCUUCUUCAGUCUGAUGCCACCAGCCUGGAUGUAUCUCAGGUCCACCUGACCACCCUAUGCUGUGUGACAGUUAACUCAUAGAGAGAGAAAAUAAAAAAUCAAAACACUUCUGGAGCAACUUUUUGUGGACACCUGAACACCUUACAGAGGUCACAGAAUUUCUGGAGGUUGGAUUCAUGUCCAACUUGGGUCUCAAGAGGCCAGACAAACGGUCCCUUUCUUGGAAGUCUUUCUAAGAUGAAGUUAUGGGCUAUUCUGGCUGUCUGCAUUUUGCUGCUGAGUUCUGUGUCCAACACCCCACUGCCUUCCAACUGGUUAGCUGGUAAGAAAAGUUCCCAGGAGCAGGAACCUCAGAAGAACGAAGAGGACCAAGCUUUGGGGAUGUACGAAACAAUUCCUGAAGGUCCCACUCCCAGUGAGGGAACACCAGAUCUCCAGAAUUUCUCUGAAAUACCUGACGACUAUCCAGAUCAGUUUGAUGAUGUGCUGGAGUUCAUUCAAGACACCAUAAAAAGAAUUAGAAGGUCAUCCAACAAGCAAACUCUCUCCAGACGAGAGCGAGGAAGGCAGAGCUCAACAGCAACUCAAAAUUCCAGUAAAAAAGCAGGCAAAGACCGAAAGAAAAAAAACAAAGGCUGUGUGCUGAGGGAGAUACAUUUAAAUGUAACAGACUUGGGUUUGGGCUAUGAGACGAAGGAGGAACUUAUUUUUCGGUACUGCAGUGGAUCUUGUAAUAACCCUGAGACUACUUAUGACCAAAUUCUUAAAAAUCUGACGAUAAAGAAAAGGUUGGUUAAUGACAAGGUGAAACAGGCCUGUUGCAGGCCGAUUGCCUACGAUGACGAUUUGUCAUUUUUGGACGACAACUUAGUUUAUCAUACUUUGAAACAACAUUCCGCUAAGAAAUGUGGAUGCAUUUGAGUGGCUGAGAUUGUGCAUUUCAUUCCUACGAGUGAGGAGAAGGAAGGGAUCAAGAUUCCCGCGGCGGGCUUCAGUGGAGGAAGAUGAAGAAGAGGACCAAGGGUGAUGGAGCACCGAGUCUUCCUGGGAAUACGUUGGGGGUUUCUCCAACAAACACACCAGGGCUAAGAGUUACAAUACAGGGCCCCUGCUAGGGUCUGCAUGAGAAUGCCAAUAGCAGAACCUACUCUGAGACAAAGUUUUCAAUGGAAGGAUGUAUUUUCAUCAUUAUACAUGAGAUGGCCCACCAGCGGUGUUGACUGGAAAAGUCCAUAACCAGCUUUUAAACACGGCCGUUUAUACAUCAUGCAUGUCAGGUUUUCCUGUAUAUUUUUUUUUUUGUACAACAAGCACAGUGUAUAACGUGAUCCAUUAGUUCUGUAUUUGGGGUUUAAUUAAAAUAUUUGCUACUAUAAUACAUAUUACUUCAUACACAAGAUACAAUUGG